AUGCCGGAAACCCUCGAGGGUAGGAGAAACCAAGAUAUUAAAGAAAGUCCACUGCGGAGGGACAGAGGGAACAGUUUGGGCAGAGGGUUCUGUAAAGUGAAAAAAAAAACUGUCGGAGAAUUAUUUGUAGACGAACAAUGCAAGUUAAAAAGAAGAUACGGUAGAAGGAAUGGAACACACAAUAAACAAUUGAGGGUUAAGAAAAUAAGAAGUCUCGGUAGACAAGGCACUUUUGUAAAGAUGUUGUUUGUAUAUUGUUUGUCGGCAGUUAUAACGCCACACUCUGAAAAUGGAUAUAUAGUAAAAGACAAAAACAUAUUUUUCGAUUCCGGGAAGACAGUUGCUAAAACGUGUUCAAGAGAUUAUUAUAUUAUGAUAAAUACCCGGUGUGUAUCGAAUGGUAAAGGACAAUAUCUUGAGUUCAAAUGA